GGGUCGCAAUUUCUUUGUUGGGUCAUCUCCCUACUCCAGUAGCACAAAUCCAAUAGUAUUAGGAAGUGAUUACAAGUGGAUUCUUUUAUAGUUGUGUAAAUAGGGAGGACUGAUUAAAUUCAUUGCGCGGACAUAUCAGUUAGAUCACAUACUGCAGUGAAGAGGGCUUCUGUGAGCAUAUAAAAGCACAAGAACAUUCUAGGAAGAGUCAUCAGUUCUACAUUGACAAUCAAAUAAAUUGUGUGUAAAAGCAAAAGGAAACUUGUAGGAAAAUGUUUCUUCAGAAAGUUGUUGGUUUUGUGGCUGUUGUCGCCCUUGUUGGAGCCUCAGUUGUCCCCUUUGACGUUGAUCAGAGGAUUGUGGGUGGAGAGACAGCUGAGGAAGGAUCUGCACCGUAUCAGGUUUCACUUCAGAACCGCUUUGGACACAGCUGCGGUGGUUCAAUCAUUGACGAAAGAUGGGUCAUUACUGCUGCUCACUGCAUCAAGGGUGUCCAAACAAGUGCCUUGACUGUUGUAGCUGGAACAAAUGAUCUCACCAAGGAAGGAGUCAAAUACUACCCUGAACAGUUCUUUAUUCACAGCCGAUACGAUAAGCCAAGUUUUGCCAAUGACGUAGGCCUUAUUAAGCUCACAGAACGCGUUAAGUUUACUGAUAAAAUCAAGAAGAUUGAGUAUGACUACCGCAUUGUUCCCGAUGGAGCUGUUGUACGCCUCACUGGAUGGGGACGUUUGUCAGCCGGUGGACCAAUUCCCAAUCUCCUCCAAACUAUCAAUCUACACUAUGUGAAUCACAAUGAUUGCCAAUCCUACUUUGGUGCUGUUAAUUCCGUUGACAUUGGACACCUUUGCACGUUUGAGGGUAAAGGUCAGGGAGCCUGCAAUGGAGACAGUGGCAGCCCACUUGUCUAUGACAAUCGCCUUGUUGCCUUGACUAAUUGGGGUGUUCCCUGUGCCACUGGACUCCCUGAUGCUCACUGCAGGAUCUCAUACUACCACGAUUGGAUCCGUACGACAAUCAACAGCAACAAAUAAUUCAAACAGGAUCGAGCAUACGGCGAUUUUACUUAAGAAGGAUAUUUUUUAAUAAUUUUUUUUAAAGCAUGAUUUUAUGAAAAAAUGAAUAAAAAAAUAAUUUUGUAAUUAAUAA